AUGGCUUCGACCGUCGAGAAAAAGGGCCAGAUCCACGAGGAAGAGGCCGGCACCAGCGAUGAAGGAUCUUUCCAUGACAAUACCCGACUUGAACAAUGGAUCGAAAAAGACGGCCAACAAGUCCUAGUGUCUUGGACUAAGGCAGAGGAAGCCGCUAUUGUCCGCAAGGCCGACUUCAUCCUCCUCCCGGUCUUCUGCCUCAUGUUCACCUGGAUGGCCAUCGACCGCACCAACGUCUCGGGCGUCCUCACCUCCACCUUUCUGACCGAUACCGGCAUCUCCAAAGACCAGGCCAAUGUUGGCGUCUCCCUCCUCUGGCUUGGUAUCGUCCUCUUGGAGAUUCCUGCAAAUGUAAUCCUCCAUCGCAUCGGCCCCCAUUACUGGAUCCCCUGCCAGGUCAUCCUCUGGGGCUUGAUUGAAGUCAUGCAACAUUUCGUGAACUCCGCCGGGGGAUGGUAUGCGGCGCGACUUUUCCUCGGCCUGGCCGAGAGUGGUUUCAUCCCAGGCAGUCUCUACACGCUUUCGCGCUGGUAUACGCAGGACGAACUUGCCCGGCGCACAGCCAUCUUCUUCUUUGGGCCUUCGUUGUCUUCUUCCUUUGGCUCUCUGAUUUCCGCAGGGGCCCUGGGUUUGACCGGCCAAGGAGGACUGAAAGGGUGGCAAUGGAUCUUCAUUAUCUGCGGUGUGUGUACCAUGACCGCCGGAGUCAUCGCCUUUUGCAUCCUACCCGAAUCGCCACAUAAAACCAACCGGUUGUUUGGUGGCCUCAUCCCCUGGCGAGGCUGGCUCUCUGAUCGAGAGGCAGACGUCUAUGUCGCCCGCAUCCUCAAGGCAGACCCAGCCAAGGGGAAUCACUCGACAAUGCACAUCACCUGGAACGACAUUUCCUCUGUCGUUUUCGACUGGCGUGUUUGGCCGUAUCUCAUCGUCUGCCUGUCGGGCCUGCAGUCAGUCGGUGGCCUGGCAACCUGGGGCGCUGUGAUUAUCGAGUCCCUCGGCUUCACGAAUGUCGACGCCAACCUCCUGAAUGCCCCAGCGCCUAUAGUCGCGGCUUUCCUCGGUGUCGCUCUCGGCUGGGCUGCGGAUCGGUACAAACGGUUUGGGCCUUUGAUGAUUGGGGUUGCCAUCUGGACAUUAAUAGGGCUCAUUGCUUUAUUUGUGGGUUGCCCUUCAUCUUUACCAAAGGUUAGGGUAGUUGCUAACUGCUUAGAACCUCCCUGCUGGCAACCGAUCAACGUUACGUGGCUCUCGUUGAGCAUGAAGACGCCCCAGAAACGAGCCAUUGCCUACGCAUUUUACAUUGGUUGCUCCAAUCUUGGCGGUACAUAUGGAAGCCAAGUAUUCCGAUCGAGCGAUGCCCCCCUCUACCGAACAGCCUGGACGGCCUGUAUCUCGCUUGGCGCCGUGUGGCUGCUCGUUCUCAUUAUACAGUCGACCAUCAACUACGUCUCGGACCGGCGGUUUGUUCGCAGGCUGCGAGAUCAUCCAGAGUUGGAGUCGGAGGCUCUCUAUACAGAUUCCAGGGGGCAGAAACAUCGGUAUUAUUGGUAGAGGGGGUUUUGAUUGCCUUUCAGAUAGACUUUAUUCUAAAAUCUCAAGUAAAUAUAAUCCUAUUCCUAGACCUGAGUUUUAUACUCGUACUAUCUGGUAUGCGGUCGCCGCAUGAAAUAUACCUUGUCCACUCCCUCACCCCCAUACAGCCCAUAGUCAAGAACAGCCUUCUCAAGCAUCUCCCACCCCAACCUGCUGUACAGCGAUCGCGCGGCUGCCGUUGCCUCAAGGUAGAUAUCUUUUUGCAUUUCGUCGGCCUUGUUAAUCCCCCAUUGGAGCAUUGUCGCCCCGAUUCCCCGGCCUUGAUAUUGAGGGUGAGUGCAUAGUUGAUCGAGAACUAGA